UCUUCUUUUUCUCCGGCUUUCUUUCUCCUCCUCCCAUUCGCGUAUAAAUUUCCUAAUCCGCGGGCGAAGGUUCCAGAAGGCUUCGUCCGUACGUUCCUUUCCUUUCCCCAGUGCCCUCGCAUCUAGAACCUACCACGGGUUUCCCCGGCCCAGAUCCGGCCGCCAGGAAGGCUCACCGGCCCGGCCAGAUGGCCGCCGACCAUGGCGCGGACGGUGCUGGGGCUGGCGGCGGAGCGGAGGCUCCUCCUCCUCCGGCCCCCAUGCCGGGGCUCGCGGCGGACGCGGCGGGGCAGCGGUCCCUGCCGACGCCGUUCCUCACCAAGACGUACCAGCUGGUGGAGGACCCGGCGGUGGACGACGUCAUCUCCUGGGGCGACGACGGCUCCACCUUCGUGGUGUGGCGCCCGGCCGAGUUCGCCAGGGACCUCCUCCCCAAGUACUUCAAGCACAACAACUUCUCCAGCUUCGUGCGCCAGCUCAACACCUAUGGAUUUAGGAAGAUCGUGCCGGACCGGUGGGAGUUCGCCAACGACUGCUUCCGGCGCGGCGAGAAGCGGCUGCUCUGCGACAUACACCGCCGGAAGGUGGUGCAGUCGGCGGCGGGGCUGGCGGCCGCGGCCGCCGCCGCGGCCGCCGGUGCCGUGACGGUCGCCACGGCGGCGAUCCCGAUGGCGGUGCCCGUGACGCACUCUGGUUCUCCCGAGCCGCAGCUCUCCUCCGAGGAGCAGGUCCUCUCGUCCAACUCCGGCUCCGCGGCGGAGGAGCUCCCGCUGGCGGCGGCUCCAUCCGGCUCCGGCGGCACCGGCGGCGGGACCGGCGUCGGGUCCUCGUCCGGCGACGCGGGCGACGAGAACGAGCGGCUGCGGCGGGACAACGCGCGCCUCACCCGCGAGCUGGGCCAGAUGAAGAAGCUGUGCAACAACAUCGUGAGCCUCAUGUCCAAGUUCGCGUCCAGCCAGCAGCUCGACGGCGCCGCGUCGCUCUCCUCCGUGGUGAACUGCUCCGGCGAGUCCGCCCUGGCGCCCGCGCCGCAGCUCCCCACGGCGAUACUGGAUCUAAUGCCCUCGUGCUCGGCGCUGGCAACGGCCGCCGGCCUCGCCGCCGCCGACGGCGACGGCGAGCCCGACGCGAGCGCGAGGCUGUUCGGUGUCUCCAUCGGGCUCAAGCGGUCCCGAGACGAGGAGGACGACGAGGACGGCCGCCGCCGCGAGGACCACCAUCCGAUGGAGGUGGACGGCGAGGCCAACGGCGGCGGCGGCGACGUGAAAUCGGAGCCAGCGGCGAACGGCAGGUCGGAGCAGUCGCCGGACCAGCGCUCGUGGCCGAUAUACCGGCCCAAGCCCGUGUACCGGGCCUGCAACGGGCAGGACGGGGCCGGGUCGGAUCCGGACAACUCCAACUCGAGGUGAGGCCCCACCAUGUAGAAGCUUCGACGCUUCUAGAGCCAACUAAUUAUUAAUUAAUCAAUCGUCAAGCACCAAAUAAUAGUAGUACUGUACAAGCAUUAGUAGAGACAUGAUGGUAGAAGUCUUGAACUGCUUUGCUUCUUGGGGAACUUGUCCCUUCUAUGUGUAAUGUAAUGUAAUCUGCCCAUUUCAUUUUCUCAUAAGAUGUAUCUGUACUCUUCUUUAAUUU